GUGUGGAGCUUCACGUUGUAGUGAGUUAAGCAAUGUAAGCCUGGGCAAGGAUGAGAGGCUAUGGGUACCCCAGUUACUGCUACAGAGUUGUGUAACUGAUCAAGUGUUUUAUCUAUGAUCUUCCAACAGCACCAAUUAUCAACAUCCAGCAGUACCCCCGGUAUAUAAUAACCAGCAGCACCUCGUAUCAACAUCCAGCAGUACCUAAUAUUUACAUCCAGCAGUAUCCAAGCUACUUCCGAGGGCCUGCAGGAGCCAACACCACGUUAUUAACAAAGGUUGCCUCCUGGUGCUGGUGAAAAAUGGUCGUGCAGCUGACGUGGACCCGAGUUAUAUUUUGAAAAUGAAUGGUGAAGCCAUGGACGGACCAGCUCUUUUCUCCUUAAACUUUGUUAAUGGAAGUUCCGGCAACACCACUUUCGUGCCCACAGCAGUUGAGAUGGACAAUCCAGUCGAUACAACAACCUCCGGUAAUAAAUCUCUCGCUCCAGAAGUUUAUGCAGCAGUCACUGUGUCUCCACUAUCUGAUGCGAGAAAGUUAAAUGCCCCUGACGAUACAGCUGUGAAGUCAGUGGUCACUGAACCUGGUUUUGGUUCAAUCGACAGUAUUGGAAUGCCUUCAGCAGAGGCUGAAGAUGUUAAUACUACUCUGUCAAUACGAGUUAAUUUCAACUCUACAGACAGUAUUAUGAAACCUGAGACAAAAGAUACUUUUAAACAAGUGAAUAGCUUUCGCUGCUGUAAUAUUAGCUCUUUAACAACAGCAGGCACAAAUGAUUCUAAUGCCAACAAAAAACAUGAGCAAGGCACUGGAACAAGUGCCUGGAACGGCGUCUUUCCUCCUGGAGGUUCCAAUACCACCACAAAAACCACCUCUGCUUCCAGUCAUGUGACUCAGAGGUUUGUCAUCCCCACGUUCCUGACAGUAGUCUUGACUGUACUACAAGCACUGCUGCCAGUAGCCAAUAUGGCCUUCUUUUACCCCGUGUAUGCCACCAAGCUCAGAGAUCUCAUAAUCUCCAUUCUUGGACCCCAAGGUGUCCCAUUAAUUUUUGGCACUAAUGGAGUUUUACACCUCAUUGUUGAUGUGAUGAAAUUAUAAAUUGUCUGACUCUUAGGGGUUUAGCGAUUAGUUAUGAUUAUAUUAUAAAUUUAUCUCUA